CAAAAAACGAAAAUUCUGAUUUCGCAAGAGCGGAUGACACCCCCCGUGCACCUCAAGAUCGUGACUCUCGUUGUCGCUAAGCUCUCCAGCCAUACAAUUGCUAUCGACAACGUCGUCGCCACAAUCUCCGACCUCUUGAUUGCUGACCUUCCUCUCUCCAAAACGGUCGAGUUGAGCCCAGCAGAUUCGUUGGCGCUGCUGGACUUGGUGUGGACGAGGAGCGUCGAGUCCAUUCCGAGCUGCCGAUGGAGUAACGCCAGGCUUUUGAGGACUAAAGAAUAUUACUACAAAUGGGAGUUUUCUGCUUCACUGGUGCAAGCAAUUCGCCGAACGGAUUUGAAAAAGGUUCACUGGCUGCUGGACCAUUUUUCUGAUUGUCCUGUCGAUGGGGAUGCUGUGGAGGAAGCCGCAAAGCUCGGAUAUUUGUGGGUGUUACAGUUGUUGAAAGGUGAUAAUUCACAUUCUGGUAUCGAAUGGAGUCCAAAGAGUUUGGACUUGGCAGCUGCAGGAGGACAUUGGGAUGUGGUCCGGUGGCUUCACAAGAGAAUCGGUACUCCAGAUACUAGAAGAGUGCAAUACGGUAACGGGACUCACGUCGCCGACUACGCCUUUCAAGAAAACAAUUUGAAAGAGCUGCAGUGGGCUCUUGCUCAAGGAUUUACAGUUUCCACGACACUCGGACGUACGUGUGGUAUCUCAGGCCCAGGAUAUCCGUGGGGAACAGUACGCUUCUUGAUUGAGCGUGAAGACGAUAAUAAAGACCUGGUUGAAAUGGCUAUGAUACGAGCAGCACAGAUUGGAGACAAAGAAUUCUUAGAGUGGCUAGUGCCACACCACGACCCGUGUAAGGUAGAACAAGUGUUAGUUGCUGCUGGCAAAUCUGGAAAUAUUGCAGCGCUCCAGUAUUUGCUCAGGCAAUAUGCAGAUUUUGGAAUGCCCCAUGAUCCUUUCAAGACUGUGUACGCAUCUGCCAAAGAGGGAAAGCUGGAUGCGGUUAAUUGGUUACUCGAGCGCUAUUCUAGUGACCCGAACGUUGAUAUUUUUCGGGUUAGUCGUCGUUAUGUCAACCGAAAGGGAGGGCGAGUGAGAGCAGCGACUGUCAUGGAUAUUGCAGCCAGCCACGGUCACCUUGAAGUACUCAAAUUAUUGCAUCAUGCUGACAGAGUGCAACGCAAAAAGCGAAAACGACAUGAACGUAGUACAUCCUCGAACCUUGAAACCUGCAGAGGUUGUACGACAAAUGCAAUGGAUUUAGCAGCAUCACACGGGCACUUGGAGGUUGUCAAGUGGCUACACGCUCAAAGGACGGAGGGGUGUACUGUGUUUGCGAUGAACAACGCUGCUGCAAACGGACACUUACAAGUGGUCCAAUGGCUACAUGAGAACCGUACAGAAGGCUGCACGACUGAUGCGAUUGAUGAGGCUGCAACUCGCUAUUGUAAAAUAUCAAGAUGCUGCCAAAUCUCGUCGAACUGUGGUAUUCGUCGCAAACCUCGCGAAUGCUACGAGUCAAACUCUUUCGUGACAAACCAGAUUCACAUUGUCCAGUGGCUAUUUACUAACCGAGCGGAAGGCUGCACGGACAAAGCUAUGGACGGUGCAGCUGCGAAUGGCAACUUCGAGUUGGUCAAGUGGCUUCACGAGAACAUGAAUGCAAAGUGUACACAUCAAGUAAUGGAUGAAGCCGCUAGAUGGGGCCGAUUGGAUAUUUUGAAGUGGCUGCAGGAGAAUCGUACAGAGGGAUGCUCUUCUGCUGCUAUGAGUUACGCAGCUAAAGGUGGUUAUCUGGAGAUACUCCAAUGGCUUUAUGCGAAUUGCUCCAUAUCCUGUACGGACCAAACGUUGGACGAAGCGUCGAAGCGAGGUCACUUCAAAGUAGUUCGAUGGAUAAUUGAACACGGAGAAAACCUGAAUAUGUCACUCGCCAUGGAGUCGGCAUUUCGUCACAAUCAUCUUGAACUGGCCUGCUAUCUUUACGAUAGACUUCCUGUGACUAGUAUACGCUACGGGAGGAACAUCGAUCAUAUUCGAGAUGUUGCAAGGAGUAACUUGUAUUUGAUUUAGCCCAACAGUUCAACGUAAUGCACUUGUGAGCUCUAUUGGUAGCAUCGAUCGAGAUAAUUACCAACCUGUACUGAAGUAAAUUACCAGGAUACCCAUUGAGCGA